AUGUCAUCCCUUAUUAAAAAAGAUUAAAAGAAAGCCCCAAAUUAGUACUUAGAUUUUGAUUAAUUGGUUCAUAAGAAAUAUCACUAUGAUCAAAAGAAAGCUAAUGACUAAUCUGUUAAAUAAGAAUAGUAUAUUCUUGAUCUUAAAAAAGCGUACUAAACUUAAAUAAUUAGUUAUGAUUAACAAAAAUUGGAGAUCGAACCUUUAUUCCAGAAAGUUGAGUUAUUGUAAAUAGAAAGAAAAUAAUUAAUGGAUGAAAUCGAACAAUAUAAAAUGAGUUAAAUGGAAAUUCUUAAAAAAUAUGAAUUCGAAUAUCAAGAGAAGGAUAAAUUGAACAAAGAAUGCGCUAAGCUCAAAUCAUAAAUUUAAGCAUAAUAAAAGAUGCAAUUGCCAAAAGAGUCUUAGGAGAAAAAAUGUAAUGAAUUAAAAGAAUCACUAUUUGUGACUAUUAAGCAUAUUCUGAAUGACUUCUUAGACAACUACAAUCAUAUUAUGGGAUUCAAAGACGAAAGUGAAUGUACUAUAUAAAUGGUAUUUUUAGUAUCGAGUAAUUUAUUGGAGGAAUUACUUUAAUAAAUUGAUGAUUCAAUUAUUAUGUUUGUAGACAGUUUACCGGCUGAGUCAAACAAAUAAUUACAAUCAGAAGAGAUUUAACACUUGAAAGAGCAAGUCGAAAAAACUCUUCAAAAGGUCUUAAAUUUGUAGGCCGAGAAUUAAGAUUUAAGUACAGCCUUAGAUAUUGAAAAAUAGCAUAAAGAAAAAAUUAUCAAUUAAAGAAACAAUUAAUAGCAAGUAAUUAAUCAAUUAGAUAAUUAACUUGAAACAAUCAUUAAUGAAAAGAAAAAUCUUGAAUCUUAAAUAUAGGAAAUUUAAAUGAAAAAUCUAGAAUUUUAACAAGAUAUAUGUAGAGUUAAUGAUUUCAAAGAGGAGGAAAACGAAAAACUAAAAAAUGAAUUUAUCGAUUCAAUUAAUGAACUUUAAAAAUAAAUCUCAAAGUUAUAAAUAGAAAAUUCGAGAUUGACUUCAUUGGUUUAAAAUACAGCUUAACAAUAAAAUAAGGACAUAGAAACUUUGAAUAAUAAGCUUAGAGAAUUGGAAAGUAAGCUAAAUUAGGAAGAAAUCAAAUAUGAAUAAAAAUCUAGAGAAGUAAAAAUAUAUAAUAAUUAAAAGAUGGCAAGAAUUGAAAAAGAAAUGAAUUAAUAUAAAGCUGAAGCAACCAAACUAUUUGAAGAAAAUAAUUUAUGCUAAAAGUAAUUAGAAGUAAUAAAGGAAAAAAGAAAGUAGGAUAAAGAAGUUCUAGAUAAAUAAAAAGAAAAAUUCAAGAAACUUAAAUUACAAUUGUAACAGUCAGAAAAUGAAUCGUAAACUAAAAUAGUCUAAUUAGAAGAAUAAAUAACAUAACUGACCUAAUAAUUAGAAUAAGAUAAAUCUAAUUAAUAAAGUAAUUUGAAUACAGAAGUUUUGAUGGAAAAAGAGUUAGAAUUAUCAAAGUUAGAUUAACUUGUUUCGGAGUAAUUAUAAAUAAAAUAUUUAGAUAAACAUAAAAAAUCAAUGACUAAAAGUAACUUAUUUUGGAUAUGAAAAUUCAGAUCAAUUCAUUAGAAUAAGAACUACAAGAAUUAAGGCUUACCAAUCAAUAGCAUCAAGAAAGAAGGGCAGUUGCUUUUAGUGAAAUUAAUCGUUUAGAACAGUAAAAUUCUAUUUUAAAAUAAGUAAUUUCACCAUCACUAUAUUAGCGUAUCAAUGAUUAAGAUCAAACUAUAAAAUAGCUUCAAUCUGAAGUUUAAGAACUAGUAAAGUAACCAAAAAGUAAUUCUCAAUAAAAUCAUACUCCCACUCAUAAUCAAAGUUAUUCUAAGACUCUCAUGAAUGAAGCCACUACUUUAGACUCAUCUAGAUUAUCUGAUACGGAUUCUUAAAUAUCGAAGACAGCCAAAGCUGCUUCUUUAAUUUUGAAUGGCUUAAAUUACUUUAAACUUAGGCCUUAAGUUACUAUUUAAUAAGUUGAUGAUCCCAAUAGAAAAAUUGCUGAAUAGGCUUUAUAAAAGUAAGCAUCGGAGUUGAAAUCCAAUUUAGAAUAAUUGUAUAAGAGUUUCUUAUCCACUUUAUUACUAAAUUAAGUUAAUGAUGAGAAGUUUUUGAAGUUUGAGAGACAAAUUAACGAAUGUGUUAAAAAGACAUAAGAUUUAAAUGAUAAUAUUGAGGAUUUUUUUUGA